AUACAGAGUAUACAACUCGAUAACGCGUAAUAUCCCAAAGGAAACAAACAGCCUAUAGAGCUUCCUUGAUCCUGAAUUGCUGGAUGAGCAUCUGGAUCGCAAAUGUCACCCUCGUGGAUAGCGAACAGUGCCUCGCUUCCGGGGACAUUAGUACACACGCGGGUAUGGGUGUUGCUUUGUCUCUUCAAGUUCCUGGGUUACAGACUAUUGCAAGCCGCCAUUGCACAAGGGAUAGACGUACCUGCGCGCAGGUUGUGGUGUGAGCAAGGAUAUUCCCCCAAUUUCUUAUCGCUGAUCUCGCCAUACAUUGCUACUGCCGCAUCUGGAGGGAGACAAGACUUGGUUGUUUAUUGCGACAGCGACCCGUACUAUAACCACGCAUUGUGAAACUAGCUCGCCGAAGUGUAAGGUUGCACUUGUCUCAUCUCCAAAGGAACUUCCCUAGAUCCUAG